UGCGCCGCUUCCGGUCUUGGCGCUUCCGCUUCCGGCGUGGCCACGCGCGAAGGACGGCUAUGCGGCCGCUGACCGAGGCAGAGACGCGGAGCGUGUUCGAGAAGCUGGGGAAAUACAUUGGUGAGAACAUCCAGCUGCUGGUGGACCGGCCCGAUGGCACCUACUGCUUCCGCCUGCACCGCGACCGCGUCUACUACAUCAGUGAGAAGCUGCUGAAGGUGGCUGCAAGUGUCCCCCGAGACAACCUGGUGUCACUGGGCACCUGCUUUGGGAAGUUUACCAAGACACAGAAGUUUCGGCUUAGUGUCACAGCCCUGGACUUCCUCGCACCCUACGCCAAGUUCAAGGUGUGGGUGAAGCCUGGCUCGGAGCAGUCCUUCCUCUACGGCAACCAUGUCCUGAAGUCAGGCUUGGGACGCAUCACAGAGAACACAGCCCAGUACCAGGGUGUGGUGGUGUACUCUAUGGCCGACAUCCCACUGGGCUUUGGAGUGGCUGCUAAGUCCACCCAGGAGUGCCGGAAGGUGGACCCUAUGGCCAUCGUGGUGUUCCACCAGGCCGAUGUUGGGGAAUACGUGCGGAACGAGGACACACUGACCUAAGGGAACUCCAGCAAUUCGAGACACAAGUAUUCCUGGGCAGAACGGACCUUGUCCUGCACCACUGUUGCAGCCACAGCACAGGGAGCCCACCCCAAGUGGGGCAGAGAAGCUGGGAGCUGCCAGCACAUAAUCCCAUGCUCCAGGGGGGCUGCUGCUAGCACAAGGAGGAGCUUCCCCUCAUGCCAGACUGGCCCUUGCCAUCACAUAAAGCCGGUUA